AUGGACGAUGAAAAAUAUUUUACUUUGUCCAACUCUGAGAUGAAGGGUAACGAUGGGUUUUACACGAACGAUUACGAAAAUGUACCUGAUGAAAUAAAAUUCAAAAGUAGGAAAAAAUUUGAGGACAAAAUUUUGGUAUGGUGUGCAAUUUCUGAGGCUGGCUUUAUCUCACAGCCCUACAUUGGUGUUGUUCGAGGCGAAGCCUUAAACGCAAAUAUUUAUAUUCAAAGAUGUCUCUCUAAAUUGCUUCAGUUUGUGAACACACAUCAUGCAAAUGAUCAAAUAGUCUUUUGGCCAGAUCUUGCUUCAUGUCAUUACGCGAGGAUCACAAGGGACUGGUACGAAACUAACAACAUUACCUUUGUACCGAAAGCAGACAAUCCCCCAAACCUACCUCAGGCUCGUCCAAUUGAAGAGUUCUGGGCAAUAUUAAGUCGGAAAGUCUAUAAUAACGGAUGGGAAGCACAAAAUCAGCAACAGUUAAGACGCCGCAUAUAUACAAAAAUUAGAGAAAUUGACGCCGAGGUCGUCCAAAGGAUGAUGCAACGUGUCAGGGGAAUUAUUAGGCAAAUCGAAAAUAAUGGUCCCUUGUCUGUCAUUUGA